GCCACCUGGCCCCUUCUCUGCCAUGGGGCACCCCUGUUCCUUCAUGGACUCUGGGUUUCCCCUCCUUACUCUGACACUUACGGUGGGACCCCGGCAGCCCACUCACCUCUCUGGGUCUCAGUUUCACCUCCUGUAGUUUGAAAGAUGGGAAUCGGCUGGAACGGCUUCCUCGGCCCCCUCCUUCGGGCCAAAGGUGGAGAUCUCAGAGCCAGGAGGGAGUGAGAACUUCCAGAACAGCAGCCGAUGUCCCAGCCCUGUACGAACAGCAAGGCUUUCACACGAAAAUGUGUGAAGUCGGGAGAGGCGGCUGCCGGAGAGCAGAGGCAGCAGGAGCCAGCGGCCGGCACGGCAGCGGUGACAGCCCGCUUUUGUUUCCCAGGCUCUCUGAGCACCAUGUCCACACCUCCCGCCAGCAAUGGGGUCUUUGUCGUCAUCCCCCCCAGCAACGCCAGCGGCCUGCGCCCGCCUCCAGCCAUCCGACCACCCUCCCUGUGCCAGCAUCCCGGGAUCAUGCAGUUUGAGGAGCCACCACUGGGGGUGCAGACUCCACGGGCCAGCCAGCCGCCAGACCUCCGGCCCAUGGAGACAUUCCUUACAGGAGAGCCCAAAGCGUUAGGGACGGUGCAGAUCCUCAUCGGCCUCAUCCACCUGGGCUUCGGCAGCGUGCUGCUCAUGGUCCGCCGCGGCCCGCUCGCGAUGCUCUUCAUCGACGCCGGCGUCCCUUUCUGGGGAGGAGCCUGCUUCAUCAUCUCCGGGUCCCUUUCCGUGGCUGCCGAGAAGAACCACGCCAGCUGCCUGGUGAGGAGCAGCCUGGGCACCAACAUUCUCAGCGCCACGGCGGCCUUUGCCGGGACAGCCAUUCUGCUCAUGGACUUCGGCGUCACUAACUGGGAUGUGGGCAGGGGCUACCUGGCCGUGCUCACCAUCUUCACCAUCCUGGAGUUCUUCAUCGCAGUCAUUGCCACCCACUUUGCGUGCCAAGCCACCCGCACCCAAGCCAACACGCCGGUUAUUUUCCUCCCAAACGCCUUCAGCACGGACUUCAACAUCCCCAGCCCAGCCGCCUCUCCGCCCCCUGCCUAUGACAACGUGGCGUAUACGCCCAAGGAGUCGUCAGAGUAGCAGCUCGAGAACCCAAACUCUCCCUCCCAAUCCCACCUCUCCCCAUCCCCACAGGUUCAUGGGGAACCUUCCCCAGUGAUCCCCCCACCCACACCUACGGUGGCUCCUUCGGGGAGCGUUCCCCAGGGGACCUGUAUCCCCACCCUCCCCCAGUGGUUCCUGUCCUAAAAGACAGGAGGCUGAUGUCAAGGGCGUGUGUCCCUGUCCUCCAGUGCCCUGGGUGGGCCAGGGAUGGGCCCUGGGCUGCUCUGCAUUUCCCUACUCCCCAGGGGCAGUCCAAGUCUGCCUGGAGACUCAGGUUCCAGGCCUGCCCUGGCCCGCCCGGAGUGGGCCUGACCCUGGAGUUUCACACAGGGCAGAGGGCAAGCCGGGGCCAUGGACCUGACCUUGGUCUCGUGGCCCUGAGAGCAGCUCUGUCCUUCGUUGUCCGCCGCCACAUCGGUGGGCCUCGGCUUUGCUACCUGGAGUCUCUCUGGCAUUGAGCCGCAUAGCAUGUCAGACCCAGCCAGCUGCCCUGGGCUCCUAAAGUCCUACAGACGCCAGCCCUGCCCACCUCCCAGGGCAGGGGCGUUGCAGGAAAGACUGAAGCCAGCCCACCCCUCUGCCCACCGCCACCACGUGGACAGGUGCCCAGUGAAGGCGGCCUCCCUCCCCAGGGCAGCUUGGGGACCUCCCUGUGCCUUCCAGUGUUCCCCUCCCCACCCCUACAACCCCAGGAGCAAGGGUAUCCCUGGGGAUUCCCACGGGAAGCUGGGCAGGGGCUCCCGGGGAAAAGGAGACACCUGCAGCUCUGGCAGGGGGCCUGUCCCAUCGACGCCAUGGAAGAAAAUAAACAGCAUGGCUUACAUUUGGA